AUGUUAAAGGUAUCACCAUGGAAAGGUGUUAUCCGAUUUGGAAAGCGUGGGAAAUUAAGUCCCCGAUACAUAGGUCCAUUCGAGAUACUUGAACGUAUUGGUCCAGUUGCUUACCGUCUGAAACUACCUCAGGAAAUGAGUAACGUUCAUGACAUUUUUCAUGUUUCAAACUUGAAGAAAUGUCUAUCUCAAGAGAGUGUCGUCAUACCUUUAGAUGAGAUUCAAAUCAACAAGCGACUCCACUUUGUUGAAACCCCGGUGGAAAUCAUGGACCGUGAGGUUAAACAGCUGAAACAUAGUCAAAUCCCCAUAGUUAAUGUCAGAUGGGAUUCAAAGAGAGGUCAUGAAUUCACAUGGGAACGUGAGGAUCAAUUCAAGAAGAAAUAUCCGCAUCUAUUCGAGAAGCCUAUAUCACCGGUGGCUACAGACAAAAUUUUGGGACGAAAUUCCGUCUAA